GGCGGUUCCCGAGACCCGAGACCAGUGCCCGUCGGUCUCCCGGGGCUGCAGGCGAGCGGGUUGUGAGGCUUCAGCUGCCUCAACAGGUCCUCCCGGCCGUCCUGCGGGAUUAGCCGCCUUGUGCCCAUGUAGAACUGGGCAGAGACGCUGAUGGGGAUGCUGCCUGUGGUGCUGUGGCCCGAACUUUCACUCAUGCCUUUUCCCUGGACCGAGCCGAGGGUGCUUUGCGCUAAAGAAGUAAACAGGUCAUGGCACGUUUAACAAAAAGACGACAGGCGGAUACAAAAGCUAUCCAGCAUCUUUGGGCAGCCAUUGAAAUUAUAAGGAAUCAGAAGCAAAUUGCCAACAUUGACCGUAUUACAAAGUAUAUGUCCCGCGUCCACGGCAUGCAUCCCAAAGAGACCACCCGUCAGCUGAGCUUAGCUGUGAAAGAUGGUCUUAUUGUCGAAACUCUAACAGUGGGCUGCAAAGGCUCCAAAGCUGGUAUUGAGCAAGAAGGAUAUUGGUUACCAGGAGAUGAGAUUGACUGGGAAACAGAAACUCAUGACUGGUAUUGUUUUGAAUGCCAUUUGCCUGGAGAGGUGUUGAUAUGUGACCUGUGUUUUCGUGUGUAUCAUUCCAAGUGUUUGUCUGAUGAGUUCAGGCUUAGAGACAGCAGUAGUCACUGGCAGUGCCCAGUUUGCAGGAGCAUUAAGAAGAAGCAUUCAAACAAGCAGGAGAUGGGCACCUACCUGAGGUUCAUUGUCUCCCGCAUGAAGGAGCGGGCUAUAGACCUUAAUAAGAAGGGAAAGGACAGUAAGCAUCCAAUGUACCGGAGGCUGGUCCAUUCAGCUGUUGACGUCCCUACCAUACAAGAGAAAGUGAACGAGGGGAAAUACCGGAGUUACGAAGAAUUCAAAGCUGAUGCACAGCUGCUUCUCCACAAUACAGUGAUUUUCUAUGGAGCAGACAGUGAGCAAGCGGAUAUUGCGAGGAUGUUAUAUAAAGACACAUGUCAUGAGCUGGAUGAGCUGCAGCUUUGCAAGAACUGCUUCUAUCUAUCAAACGCACGGCCCGACAACUGGUUCUGCUAUCCUUGCAUACCUAAUCAUGAGCUGGUUUGGGCUAAGAUGAAAGGUUUUGGGUUUUGGCCAGCCAAAGUCAUGCAGAAAGAAGACAAUCAAGUUGAUGUUCGCUUCUUUGGCCACCACCAUCAGAGGGCCUGGAUUCCUUCUGAGAACAUUCAGGAUAUCACUGUCAAUGUUCACCGACUGCAUGUGAAGCGCAGCAUGGGCUGGAAGAAGGCCUGUGAUGAGUUGGAACUGCACCAGCGCUUCCUCCGUGAAGGCCGGUUCUGGAAGUCUAAGAAUGAGGACGGAGGUGAGGAAGAGGCAGAAUCCAGUAUCUCCUCCACCAGCAAUGAACAGCUGAAGGUCACUCAAGAACCAAGAGCAAAGAAAGGACGACGUAAUCAGAGUGUGGAGCCCAAAAAGGAAGUAAGUUGCCCACCUCACAGUGUCCAGGUGGCAAUCGAAAGAGGAAAGAGUCUCAAAGUACGGUCAAGACAGUCAAGUAAUGUCCGUCAAGUUAAGGCCCAGUCUCCCGACUCGUGCCGUUGUGGACUGCUGCUCGACCAGCACACGAGUGCCCAGACUCCAUCCCCAGAACCAGAGCCAGAAACAGAAGCAGUAAGUUCCAGUCAGGAAAUCCCCACAAUUCCUCAGCCAAUUGAGAAGGUGUCAGUGUCAACCCAGACCAAGAAGUUAAGUGCCUCUUCCCCAAGAAUGCUGCAUCGAAGCACCCAGACGACUACUGAUGGCGUCUGUCAGAGCAUGUGCCACGACAAAUACACCAAAAUUUUUAAUGACUUUAAAGACAGGAUGAAGUCAGACCACAAACGUGAAACAGAAAGAGUGGUCCGAGAGGCGCUGGAAAAGCUACGUUCUGAAAUGGAAGAAGAAAAAAGACAAGCUGUAAAUAAAGCUGUAGCCAACGUGCAGGGUGAGAUGGACAGAAAGUGUAAGCAGGUGAAGGAAAAGUGUAAGGAGGAAUUUGUAGAGGAGAUCAAGAAGCUAGCGACGCAGCACAAGCAGCUCAUUUCUCAGACCAAGAAGAAGCAGUGGUGCUACAACUGUGAGGAGGAGGCCAUGUACCACUGCUGCUGGAACACAUCCUACUGCUCCAUCAAGUGCCAGCAGGAACACUGGCACGCAGAGCACAAGCGCACCUGCCGCCGGAAGAGAUGAGCCUGCCCGCCACCCUCACACGCAGCGGUUUUUGUUUCCAAGAAGCCAAAAUUGUUUAGAAUUUGCUUCCCAUUUUGCACCAGCCUUUAAACACUUUUCGUGGUGAAAUUUUGCACAGUAGUUUAAAUCUUUUGUUAAUGCUCCUCCGGCAUUUUUCGGGGGCUGAAGUAACAUCAAUGGAGGGUAUUACUCUAAAUAAAUUCUAAUUGAGAAUUUGUUGCAUUUUCAGCAAAUUUUAAAACAUUUUUAGGUUUUACAGAGAUUUUAACCUUUAAACAACAGAUCUUAAAACAACAACAACAACAACAGGUGAAUACGAGUGAGUCUAACAAAGACGGAACAGAGCUGAAUGUAAGAGCGGCAGACGCUUCAGAAGAAGACAGACUACCUGGCCGUGACCUGGCCGUGACCUUGCUGAGCUGGUCUUGUACAGCUUGCUCACUGUUCACAGGUGUUGCCUGUGGCCGUGCUGGCAGCAUGUGAUUGAAUAUAGGGAACAGGGUUGACACAGCAGGGCUAGCCCUGCAUAUUUUUUCUUAAAUAUUUCCCAAUUGUGUUUUCAUUAUUUCUUUUCAAUAUAUAACUUUUAUAACAAAUUAUUAGCUUUGAUCUUGUAGUUUAAAAUUGCAGGGAAACUGGGGUAAUCUUUUACUGAGCUGGAUCUUAGAGAAAAAAAUGAAUAUUUAAAAUUUAAAGUUUGCACAUUUCAUCUUUGUCCUGACAUGAGUGCUUGUAACAAAAUCAGCAGCAAAAACAAAAAUGAAAAGCCAAAAACUACCUGUACUCAGAAUGUGGAAUACAACUGAGGCAUGGAGUUUCUUCAGAGUCCCCUCCCUCCCCAGGGCCACCCCAACCUUACUCCCUGUAUCUCCUUGAGUGUGAAGCUACUACUUGGAGAGAGAAAGCACUUACAUGUCACAGAAGCCGUUGUGCUGUAGGGAAGGGUCAUUGCUACUAACGAACUCCGUCACUGUACACAGUGAAUAAUGCAUGUUACUUUUCUUGUAUUAAAGAUGCCGUGAUUUGUACAAAGUCUGUAUUUUGCAGGAUGUCUGGUUAAGAAGCAUUACCAGUAGGAAUGGAUCGAUAGUUGAAUAACAUUUUUUAUAUAUACAUAGAUAUAUAAAAGACAACCAGGAAAAUUAAAUUUCUUUAAAACUUUC